AUGCCGAGCCCUUCUGCCGACGACCUGAAGGGCUACAUCCAGGAUGGUUUUCGUCGUUCACACGAUCUCUUGGAUUCGAAGCUAAUCACUGCCGAGGCCGGUGAGUUCGAGCAGAUUCAAUUUCCAGAGGGCUUUAUCACCGAGUUGGUGUGUGCUCGUUAUGGCACGCUGGACACGCAUUUCAAGGACUGGGCUGAUGUCACCGAUCAGACUCGCGAAGAUCUUCUGCAAGGCAGGGCGGUGCCGGUGACCAAUGAGAGGAUGGGCCUCGACCCCAAAAUCGGCUGCAGGAAAGUCUUUCGCAUCCAGUACAAGCAUUCGACGAAUUUGGUGGAGGUGGUGGUGCGGGAAGGCGAAGGUCUGGAGCUUCCACCCGGUAGCGCAGAGGGACUUGUAUGUGCAGUCUACGGCAUUUCUGACAAGGUUGUUGAUGUGAUCGCCCCGCUGAGACAGCUGAUGUUGAGCGGCCAGCAAGUCACCGUCUCGAACGAGGAGUUUGGCGUUGACCCGGCUCCUGGGCAAGUGAAGCAGCUGCGAGUGCAGUAUCAGUCUUCUCCCAGAUCAAGCUUCCGGCUUCACACAGGCGGCGAGCUGGCUUCGUUUGAGGUGCUGGCAGCGCCGCUCUUUGCUUCGCUUCUACAUGUUCAUUCUGUGAGCUACGCUGACUUUCUUCAGUCCUUGGUCUCUGGGAACCUCACGGGUGGCAAGACCGAGGCUUCCGGCAAGUCCGGGGAGAUCUUCUGGCGGACGCGCGAUCAAAGAUAUGUUUUGAAAACGGUCUCUGAACAAGAGGUUGGCCAGUUGAUCAAGAUGCUACCCGAGUACAAGGAGCACUUGGAAAGCAACCCUCACUCAGUCCUUACCAGAUAUUAUGGGGCGUACCGGUUCCACUUGGAGGGCGACAAUACCUUCUUUGUCGUGAUGAGCAAUGUCCUUGCCGGCUUGGGUGAAAUUCAGGCGCUCUUCGACCUCAAAGGAACCACCGAAGAUCGGUGGGUUGACCCCAAAACCUGCGGCUGUCUCAAGGAUAACAACUUCGCUCCAAUCACGCUCUUUUUGGACAGGCAAGAUGCGACGACGAUCAACGAGGGCUUGGCCGCUGACACCGCUUUCCUUCAGGAGCAAGGCAUCAUGGACUACUCUCUGCUUGUGGCCCUUUGCCCACCUGACGACCCUGUGUCAGAGCAGGCUGGGCAUCACCGAGUGUUCUCAGCGAAGGAAAGCCGCGGUCUCUGGGGAGAGACUCGCGAUUGUAAGGUCUGUCUUGGUCUUGUUGAUAUGCUGGUAACCUACGGCUGGAAGAAGAAGGUUGCCCAUCUCUUAAAGGCUUUGACUAUUGGUUGGGUGGACGAGAUCGACACCAUGCCACCAGACAUCUAUGCCGAGCGCUUUUGCAAUUAUUUAGCUAAGAAAAUUCGACCGACAGCAUCACUACUGCAAGUGACAGCAGUCCCGAGCAAUCUCUUCAAGACACCCUGCGGUGCCUUGGGACGAUCUGGUGGCACGGCCAGCUUCUUUGCCACUGAGCUUUUGCAGCAGGAGGGAGCACAAGGUGAGGAGAGCAAGAAUUACUGGCUGGGUAAAGACUUGGCCCGAGCUCGAGACGAAGUGGUUUUCUACGAGGCUGCCAAGAAUUUGCAGGGCAGAGACGGCUGGCAGAUCCUCAAUUUCAUGACACCUUACAGAGGCGUGUGUCGUGCUCCUUGCGCAGUAAAAGAAGGCAAAGAAGCCGAAGAUGUCGACUUGAUGUUGCUUCGGAAUUGCAGAGACGGCUUGGUCAGCGCACGGAUGCUUGACAUCAAGAUGGGCAACGUCACUGCGGUCGGUGGAUGGCAGGGCAAGGGCAACAUGAAGGCGUUUGUCCAGCACAUUACCGUGGAUUCGAACACGAACUCAGCUGGAGAAGGCUUCCGCCUCGAAGGGUUCGACAAUCCUCCGGCACUUCUUCGAAGCAUUGAGCACUUGCAGCUGAGUCACAUUCCUCGGCACGCGCAGAAGCGACUGCGCCGUUUUAAUUUGCAGCGCAUGCAGGCAAACGAGUUCCUCCGCAUCUUUCUGGACUUGCACCACGUCCCCGAGAGUUUGGGCCGGCAGAUCUCGGAAGACACAACAGAGUCCAUGGUGAACUCGCGAGGCUCCACAGGAUCCAGGCGCCGGAGUACACGCGCGACUUUCCAGAAGCUCUUCUGCCACGGCUCCACCCCUCCGUCUGCCCCCACCUUUCCUACGCAGCCGGGGUACCCUGCAAUCGCACAGGACCAGGCGCCAGGACCUCCGAACGAGCUCUGCCUUCGGGCCAUCGAAAUCCAGGAGCUGGUCUUGCUCCAGUGCAUUCAGCAGGUCGCUGGCCUCGUGGUGGCAUGUCGCAAGGUGCCGGUGCCACAGCAAUGGAUAGGCUCAUCGGUCAUGUUUGUCUUCGAUUGUGCAACAUUCCCGCGGCGCUCUUCGCAGAGCGUGCCAACCCGGGUGCACAUCUUUGACUGGGGCCGCUCGGAGCUCAACACCGAGGAAGGCCAUGCCAGGCUGUCGCCGUCCGAGCAAGCUGAUCGGCAGAAAUUCUGGCGUCUCUAUCGCGUCGCCCUUGCCAAGCUCCUCUACCAGUGCUGCAGCCUCUACGUGGCAAGGUUCUGGAAGCCAGUGGCUAGCAUCACGUUCAGGGUUUGGGACAAGGACGCAUUCACAGAUGACGACUUCAUCGGUGCAGCAGUUCUGGCAGCAGAAGAGGCAGUUGGCACCAAGGAUUUGCAGCUGCAGGACAUGGGUGGACACCGGGUGAAGGCUGGAUUCCUUUUCAAGGGAGAGACGUCCGUGAAGGUGUCCUUCAAACCACUCAACCUACCGAGUACGUCUCGGCUCUGUGGAGGCUUGGGCGUGUGCCUGCAUGAGGCAAAGAACAUCCCAAGGUGUGACGUUGCCAGCCCUUCUGAUCCAUUUGUGGAGAUUUCUGCGCUCGGUGCGCAAGCAUCUUUCGUUCGCAAGAACUUGGGCCAUGGACUGAUGCACGGCCUUCUGCGUACACCUGCCCAUUGUAGCACCGUCAUCAAGGACAACCAUUCGCCAGUGUGGGAGGAGGAUUUCGAAUUAGGGCACCUGACCGCAGCAGCUCGAGCACCACUUCUGGAUGCGUUAGCCACUGUGGUUGGCAAGGAAGUAGACGACUCCAGAUUGGCCUCUUGGUUUCCGCUGCAGUUCGAGAUCUUCGGUAAUCCGAGUGCUGCCGAAGAGGCAUUCGUGGAGGCUUGCAUAGCUUGUGAUGAGGAGGGUGAGUAG